AGUUUCCUGGCUGAACACACCAGCCCAAUACUUAAAGAGAGCAACUCCUGACUCCGAUAGAGACUGGAUGGGCCCACAAGGGUGACAGUCCAGGCGGACCGAUCUUCCCAUCCCACAUCCUCCAGCGCGAUGCCAAAAAGAGGCUGACGGCAACUGGGCCUUCUGCAGAGAAAGACCUCUCUUCACUGUCCCGGCAGGUCCCAAGGGCCAGGAAGAUGGAUCCAUACCUGCUCAUGUGGGGACUGCUCACGUUCAUCAUGGUGCCUGGCUGCCAGGCAGAGCUCUGUGAUGAUGACCCGCCAAAAAUCACACACGCCACAUUCAAAGCCGUGGCCUACAAGGAAGGAACCAUGUUGAACUGUGAAUGCAAGAGAGGUUUCCGCAGAAUAAAAAGCGGGUCACCCUAUAUGCUCUGUACAGGAAACUCUAGCCACUCGUCCUGGGACAACCAAUGUCAAUGCACAAGCUCUGCUGCUCGGAACACAACAAAACAAGUGACACCUCAACCUGAAGAACAGAAAGAAAGAAAAACCACAGAAAUGCAAAGUCAAAUGCAGCUGGCAGACCAAGUGAGCCUUCCAGGUCACUGCAGGGAACCUCCACCGUGGGAAAAUGAAGCCACAGAAAGAAUUUAUCAUUUCGUGGUGGGGCAGACGGUUUACUACCAGUGCGUCCAGGGCUACAGGGCUCUACACAGAGGUCCUGCUGAGAGCGUCUGCAAAAUGACCCACGGGAAGACAAGGUGGACCCAGCCCCAGCUCAUAUGCACAGGUGAAACGGAGCCCAGUCAGUUUCCAGGUGAAGAAGAGCCCCAGGCAAGCCCCGACGGCCUUCCUGAGAGUGAGACUUCCCGCCUCGUCACAACAACAGAUUUUGAAAUACAGACAGAAGUGGCUGCAACCAUGGAAACGUUCAUAUUUACAACAGAGUACCAGGUAGCAGUGGCCGGCUGUGUUUUCCUGCUGAUCAGCGUCCUCCUGCUGAGUGGGCUCACCUGGCAGCGGAGACAGAGGAAGAAUAGAAGAACAAUCUAGAAAACCAAAAGAACAAGAACUUCUUGGUAAGAAGCCGAGAACAGACAACAGAAGUCAUGAAGCCCAAGCGAAAUCAAAGGUGCUAAAUGCUCGCCCAGGAGACAUCCCUUGUGCUCGCCUGGGUUUUGGAAGCUCUGAAGUCACAUCACAGUACACGGGGCAGAGGCAACUUUGUCUCUACGCCAACUCAGUCCCAUCAGAAAGCGAGUGCUACCCACUUCUAAAUAGCAAUUUCGUCAUUGAAGAGAAAGGGCAAGACCACUAGAACUGUCCAUCUUAUUUUCAUGUAUAUGUGUUCAUUAAAGCAUGAAUGGUGUGGAACGCUCGCCACGCUAUAUGUAGUAUAAAGAACAGUAGGUUUACAUUCAUGUCAUUCCAACUUCCCAGUUCAGGAAUCCCAAGGAAAGCCCUAGCACUAAUGUAAAUACACAACACACACACACCCUGUACCCGAUGCAACUGGACAUUGUCCGCGUGGUUCCUUUCCCAGCCACUUCUGACUGCUGAUUCUCCCCUUCACGUUACCCAAUGAACAUCCUUCAAGAA